AUUUCAAUGAAUCCACCAACUACAAAAAUGUCAGACUCCCGUGAGUAGAGAAGACGUUCGUCGGAUUCUUUUUUCUAUUUCGACGAAAAAAAAAUAGAAAUAAAUUAAUAUAAAAUUAUCUUAAAUAUAACAAAAAAACAAACAAAUUAAUGUGUUUAAUUUAAACAAUUAGAAAAUACCAAUAAAAGAAUACUAUUUUCUUCAAAAAACAUAAAAAAAAAGAAUCCAAAUUGAUCAAAGAAAAAGAAGAAUCAGAAAAAAAAUUCCUUCCAUCAAUGUGUGUGUGUUGAGAGUUUUGUACGCAAAUUAAAAGAAACAGAAAAAAAAGUGCUCCAUCGGCCGUCGCCGGGGGAUUUAUCCGUAUUUCUCUCAUCUCUCCAUCGUUUUAUUACAAGUGCAUUGCAUUUUCCUCCUUUCCUCUUUUCUCCACCACAACCACAUAUACAUAUAUAAUAUUCAUUAUAAUCGGCUACUGCUCUGCUAUAUUUGUCGCCUUGUGUCUCCCCCUUUUCGUUCAUUCGUUUAUUGUGUUGCUCUUCUUGCCUUUUGGAUUGUGUGGAUCUCUGUGAUUCUGAAUCUGGCUCUGUGGCUCCAGGGAGUGGAUUUCUCAAGGGCUUUUGGUUACGCGUCGUACGUUUUCGUUCAUUCGUUCGUUCGUUCUCCUCUCACCGCCCCAAAGAACAUAAAAUAUUUAUCGGAAAUUCCAUUUUAUUAAUCAAAAGUAAAAAAAAGUACAAGAUUUUCUCUCCUUAUUUUCCCUUUUUUUUUUCUUCUCUCGAACUUCGAUUCCGACAAAAACGCAAUCGAUUCCAAUAAGGAAUUCCAUAUACAAAUAUACACAAAUACAAUAACUUAUAUAUAUGUACGACGGGUAGCAAUAUUGCGUGUACGUGUCUUCUAUCAUCGGUGGUGUGUAUGUGUGUAAGAGCGCAGCAGGAAAAAAAAGAAGAAUAUUCUUGUCAAGUCGUGUUUAGACAAAAAAAAAAAAAAAACAAUUUUUUUGCAACAAAAAAGAAAAACAGAGGUGAAGUGUGGGGAGUUGUUGAAAUAAAUUUCAUUUUCGAUAAAAUAAAAAAAGUCAACACAAAAAAAUGUUAUCGAGCGGCGUUCAUCAUCUUCAUCAUUUUCACAAUUUAAUCGGUGUUUCGUGUUCCUUAUUGGAUCCUCGUUGUCCCCCCUUUUUGUCGUUGUUUUUGUCUUUGUCGUUGUGUAGUGUGGUGAAUUUGUAAAAAAUUUCCUUCAACUCAAAGUCGGGAAACGGGAAAAAGGAAUUUUUUCUAAGUUUAUUUUUGGGGAAGGAAAAGAAAUCGAAGUUAUUUUUGGGAAAGAAAAAGAAAUUGAAUAGAAUUUUUGUGACAAAAAAAAACCGACAAAACAAUCACACAAUCGGCAAUAAAUUACAAAGUGUAAGAGUGUGUGUGUGUGUGUUUUUCUUUCAAUUUUUUCUCUCCCCCUCGUGUGCCGUAGUAGAAGACAAGAGAGAGGGGAAAUAUAUAAUAAUUGGCGAGCAGCAGCGCCAUCAUCGUCAUGGGGGCACAACAGGCCAAGGAUCGGUCGUCUGGAAGCCAAGGAACUGUCAGUUGUAUUGGGAUUAGUAGCAGUGUUGGCAUAAGUAGUAGUUCCUCAAGUAUAGGUGGUGUGGGUGGGGUAGGUGGUGGUGUUGGUGGCUCAGGUGGUGCCUUGGGUGCAGGAUCAACCCUUCGAGCGAGUCGCAUGAAAUCGCGUUCAUCUUCGUCGUCGGCGGCCGCAGCAGCACCAACCGCUUCAACAAAGGAUAAUCGCAGUGCAAUUGGAUUGAAUAUAUUUAGCGAACACAAUGGUCCGAUGAUCAGGAGUACACAACGUGAUACGGGAAAAUAUCAAUUACAUUUAGAAGCCCUCCUGCAAUCACGUCCAUUGCCUCACAUUCCGCCCGGAUCGAGUCUAUUGGAAGCUGAAUUAAUCGCACAGAGUCAAGAUGGCUCUUUGCACAAUGCACAAAGUCACAGUCAGGGACCAAGUUCAACGACAUCCGGCUUUGAAUCGGCUCACCGAUGGACAUCGAAAGAAAAUCUCCUAGCGCCAGGUCCCGAAGAGGAUGAUCCCCAGUUAUUUGUAGCACUCUAUGAUUUCCAAGCUGGUGGAGAGAAUCAAUUGAGUCUGAAGAAGGGCGAACAAGUCCGAAUAUUGUCAUAUAAUAAGUCUGGAGAGUGGUGUGAAGCCCACUCCGAUUCAGGCAAUGUAGGCUGGGUACCAUCGAAUUAUGUGACACCAUUGAAUUCGCUUGAAAAGCAUUCAUGGUAUCAUGGACCAAUAUCUCGAAAUGCUGCUGAAUAUCUUCUCAGUUCAGGAAUCAAUGGUAGUUUCUUGGUGCGUGAGAGUGAAAGCUCACCUGGACAGCGGAGUAUUAGUUUAAGAUACGAAGGUCGAGUCUAUCACUAUCGCAUUUCCGAAGACUCGGAUGGCAAAGUCUAUGUCACAGCUGAGGCUAAAUUUAAUACUUUGGCUGAAUUGGUGCAUCAUCAUAGUGUACCACAUGAAGGCCAUGGACUGAUUACACCGUUAUUGUAUCCAGCACCAAAGCAAAAUAAACCUACUGUAUUUCCAUUGAGUCCAGAGCCGGACGAAUGGGAGAUUUGUCGCACAGACAUUGUGAUGAAGCAUAAAUUGGGUGGUGGGCAAUAUGGUGAAGUGUAUGAAGCCAUAUGGAAGCGUUAUGGCAAUACAGUGGCUGUUAAGACCCUCAAAGAAGAUACAAUGGCUUUGAAGGACUUCCUGGAAGAAGCAGCCAUAAUGAAGGAAAUGAAACAUCCAAAUCUUGUACAACUCAUAGGUGUGUGUACACGAGAACCUCCAUUUUAUAUCAUCACAGAAUUUAUGAGCCAUGGUAACUUGUUGGACUUUUUGCGUUCAGCCGGUCGAGAAACACUUGACGCUGUAGCUCUCCUUUAUAUGGCAACACAAAUUGCCUCAGGUAUGAGCUAUUUAGAAUCGCGCAACUACAUCCAUCGAGAUUUAGCGGCACGUAAUUGUCUGGUCGGUGAUAAUAAGCUCGUCAAAGUGGCCGAUUUCGGUUUGGCCCGAUUGAUGCGCGAUGACACCUAUACAGCACAUGCUGGUGCUAAAUUUCCAAUUAAAUGGACAGCACCAGAAGGCUUAGCUUAUAAUAAAUUCAGUACCAAGUCUGAUGUUUGGGCAUUUGGUGUGUUGUUAUGGGAAAUUGCCACCUAUGGAAUGUCUCCAUAUCCGGGAAUCGAUUUGACUGAUGUAUUUCAUAAAUUGGAAAAAGGCUAUCGCAUGGAACGACCACCGGGAUGUCCACCAGAGGUUUAUGACCUUAUGAGACAGUGUUGGCAGUGGAAUGCACAAGAUCGACCUACAUUCAAGAGUAUUCAUCAUGCUCUGGAGCAUAUGUUUCAGGAAUCAUCGAUUACGGAAGCAGUUGAGAAACAAUUAAAUGCUUCACAAACCCUCACCCCACAAAUGGGAAAAAAGCCGCAGAUGGGGGGCGGUGGUGGUGGCGGAGGUAGUGGAGGUCACCAUGAUCAACAAGCUAGCACACCGCUAUCAGAAACGGGCUCCACCUCCACCAAACUGAGUACAUUCUCCAGCCAAGGCAAGGGAAAUGUACAAAUGCGACGAACCACCAAUAAACAGGGAAAACAAGCUCCCGCACCACCAAAGAGAACGAGUCUUUUGUCAACUAGCCGUGAUUCAACAUACCGUGAUGACGAUGGGAAGAAUUUCGUUGAAGAACUGAAUACGAAUGGUUUAACCCGUGACAUUAACAGCUUGGCUAAUCGUUGUGAUUCGGAAAACGACAAUCCCGACGGUGACACCGAUGGCGACAGCAUGGAUUACAAUAACAAAAUUCAACAUUCCCUUGGACAUCACCAGAAAAGCGUUCAGCAUAGUUCAUUUAAACGACCCACACCAGUCAUGGGCAAUCGUGGUUUAGAGACACGCAAUAGCAAACGAUCACAACAACAUCCGAUUCAUACCAAACACUCAAUUGAUCACACUCAGCUACAUAGUUUGGCUGGAGUGAUAACACCACCAUCAAGUCAUCAAAUAACAGUUGGUGCUUUGGAGGUGAUGAAUGUUAAGCGAGUGGUAAAUCGAUAUGGAACAUUGCCCAAAGUCGCUCGUAUCGGUGCUUUUCUCGAUAGCUUAGAAGAUUCUAGUGGUGUUGUUGUUCAGCAGUUAAAUCACACCAGUGUGAUUACAGAUGUUCCGCCUCCACCACCACCAGCCAUAGGAACUAACGGGGUAAUGGCUCGAAGCAAUAAUCUAACUAAUAGCGUUGCCACUUUCAAAGGUGGCCAACCGCAAAUGAUUCGCAGUAAUUCUUCAAGUGGCGUCACAAUGGCAAAUAAUGCAUCAGCAAGUCUCAAUAAGCUACAGCGUCAUCGCACUGCAACUGAUGGCUCUAUGAUGACAUUCUCCUCAUUCCGUGGCUCCAGCAAUAGUCCAAAACGAGCCCAGCAAUCGGGUCUAGCUAACUUAGAUUUCCCGCCACCUCCGCCAAUCGAUCUGCCUCCACCACCUGAAGAAUUCGAAUCACCACCACCGCCGCCACCAAUGAUUCCCAUUCCUCCACCAGCGCCAAUCAAUAACAACGACGUCUCGAAUACCGCUCCCAGUGUCGAAGAAGCCAGCUCAAGAUUCGGUGUUAGUCUACGUAAACGUGAACCCUCUACAGAUUCAUGCAGUUCCCUUGGCAGUCCCCCAGAAAAUCACCACCAACAGGAUAACAGCAUGAAGGAAAAACUCGAAAUGAAACUCAUGGCCGAAAUCAAAGAACGAACUAAUCCGGCAAAAAUGCAAAAUAACCACCACCACGAUGGCCGAGAAAAUGGUGGCCAACAAGUUGAUCCAGUGUCACAACUAGUCACUGAACUAGCUGAGAGUAUGAAUCUACCCAAGCUGGACAAAAAACAUCCCACACCAAAGUCGGCGUCUCAUUCGCCAGCGACAAAUCAAACUGAGUCGUCCAACACAAACACAUUCAAAGCUCAGCUUAAACGUGUUGAGCCUAAAAAACUGCAAACCCCACCACAAAAUGAUUCGAAUACAAUAAUUGACUUUAAAUCACGACUUCGCAAAGUCGACAACAACAAUAGUAGCAGCAAUGGCAACGAAGCAGCCAAAGAAAACCAACCACAUCAACAGAAUUCCCUAAAAGACGACAGUACUAACUCCGAUGAUAGUACGACCAAAAACUAUAAUAAUUCCUUUAGAAAAGACAAUUCGGAUCGACAUUUUUCUGACAACAAUCCGAAUGAGCUACAUACCAAGCCAAAAUCCAAAUCACAGAUCGAACUGAAAAAGACUGAAAUUAAAAUCGAAGUUUCCGUACUAAAUAGUUCUGGAGACCAAGACAACAAUAAAAAGGAUAGCAAUCACUCGUUGAAAUCUUCAACUACAGCUGCCACUGAUUCGGGAGAUUCUUCUGAGGAUGGCAAACGUCGAAGUACUGGCAGUAUUAGUAGUCUGAAGAAAUUAUGGGAGCCUAAAGAAUGCACUCCAACUGAGAAUCAGACACAACUCUCACCAAAGUUGGCAAUGAAGAAUCAUUCCAAUAAUGAAAACAGUGAGAUUAUUACAACAACUGGGACAACUCCUACCCCGCCAGACUCUGCUGCCGAUCAGCAUCAGUUGCUGAAUAAGAGCAAGCCUGCAGUUCCAUUAAAACCUACCAAACUAACAAUUUAUGCCACACCAAUUGGCCAGAAGAUCAAUACCGAUGGCAAUACCAACUCGAAUUCGACGACUCCACUAACCAACAACACAUCAUCAUCCACACAAAUCAAUCGUGAAAGUAUACUAGAGCUGGUAAGUCUGCUCGAGGGAAGUCUUAAACUACCAGUGAAUUCGAUUUCAGCUUCACAAUGGCUUCAACUUAGUGAUAAGCUGAAUAUCUUACAAAAUUAUUGUGUAGUGUUUGCUGACAAUGAAACAAUGCCACCGCAUUCAAAAUUUCAUUUUAGAGAACUUGUGACCAGAGUUGAGGCCCAAUCGAGAAGUCUUCGGUCGGCGGGUAGUAAGAAUGUUCAGGAUAAUGAAAAAUUAGUGCUGGAUGUGGGACAGUCUCUUAAACAGAUAUCAAAUGCAUUGCACAGGUAAAGUGGGAAUGAAAAAAAAAGAAGAUAAUUUUGUUUCUUGGAAAAAGAAUGGAUUAUCUCGAAAGAAAAGUUGGGUUUCAUUUUUAAUGGACCUAAUGAGUCUAGUCAGUAAGCGAAAAAAGCAUUUGCUUGUAUUUAUUUUAUUUGUUUUUUCCAAAAUGUCCCACAUUAAAUAUAAAAAUAAAUUUUGUUUUAAUGUUAUAUUUCAAAAAAAAAAAGAUUGUGGCAUACGAAAUUAAUUAGGAAGAAACAAAAAGCAAAGAGAAAUGGCAAAAAAUGAUUUGCCUCUUCGAAAAAAAAAAAAUAAAACAAAAAUACAGAAAACAUUACUAAUUUUGUUCCAUAGUUUUGUCUGUGAUAUGUUGGAACAGUUUUUUUUUUAUUAAAUUACAAACUUUGUAUGAAUAAAUUAAUUAUUAUUAUUUAAGUUUUAUCUGCUCGUUUAGAUAUUAUGUAGAUAUUGUUUUAUCUAAAGAUUUCAAAAUGUUUUUAAUAGACACUGCCAUUUUUUCGAAAAUGAUAAUUUAUAAUUAAAUUAAUGAUUUUAUUCCAAUUAGGACUUUAGAAAUUUGGAAGAUCUUAUUUGUUUAGUGAACUUCAUUCAAACUAAAGAGUUCUUUGAUUGGCUAGCUAAGUAAAUACAAUUUAUCAAGCUUUGAUUAGAUAUUGGAAAAAUGUUUUUGGGAGGAAUGGACUUUGAAACUGGCCAAUUGCUAUUAACACCACAUGGUUUAAAUGGCAGGACCCCGAAAGUUUCAAAUGAUUGGUUUUCAUAACCUGUUACGGUUUU